ACAUUAAGAUCUGUCCCUUAAGUGUAGCAUGAUUUAGUUUUCUCCAGCCUAUCAGAUAGGUCUGUGAGUAUAGACUUGCCAUUUUUGCAUUUCAUGGGCAGAGGACAACUGCACCAGACGUGUAAGAGCUACUCACCAAGAUGAUCAAAAUUGGAGUGAUUGUGGUACUUCUCAAUUUGAUGUAUGUGACAAAAUGCAAUGAUGUUCAGUAUCAAACUCAAGUUCGGGAGGUUCAUCCUGGGGACCCAGUGACACUAUACUGUGUUUUUUCAAAGGAAGAUCUCAAUAUGUUCUGGUACAAACAAAUGGUGGGGCAAAAGCCUCAAACUAUUGUAACAAUGACAAAAUAUGAUAUGCCUGUAUGGCACAAGGACUUUAACCAUUCACGUGUCAAUGUGGAGAAGGCUGAUGCUGAUGGGAUGUAUCGACUUGCUAUUACAAACACGGACCCAACAGAUGAAGCCGUUUACUAUUGUGCAGUGAGAACAGCCUAUGAAGUCAACUUUAUCAAUGGGACUCUUUUACUAUUAAAAGGUAAGAAUCACCAGAGGUCACACUACCAUACCGUGGUGCAGAGGCCAGUGUCUGACCCAGUCCAUCCAGGACACUCUGUGACUCUGCUGUGUACAGUACUCUCUGAGACCUGUACAGGAGAAAGCAGUGUGUACUGGUUCAGAGCCAGAUCAGGAGAAUCCCAUCCAGGAGUCAUUUACACCUCUGGGAACAAGAGUGAUGAGUGUAAGAAGAGCCCUGAGACUCCCUCUCCUACACAGAGCUGUGUCUACAGCCUCUCCAAGAACAACCUCAGCCCCUCUGAUGCUGGGUCUUACUACUGUGCUGUGGCCACAUGUGGUGAGAUCCUGUUUGGCAAUGGAACAAAACUGGAUGUCAAAGUAGGGAUGGACUGUAAUGCACUGGUUCCAGUUGGUAUUAGUCUGUGUGGAGCAUUGAUGUUGAAUGCUGUGUUACUGUUCUUCAUCCACUCAAGUCAAAAGGAAACAAACGAUGACACAUCUCUACAAAUCUGUGAUGCCAUUCUCAGUGCUGACCAGUUGGGUCAACAGGGAUUCAGUGGUGACUGGCUACAAUACACUGCAGUGACCUUUACGACCAAGACAACUGGAACCAGGAGAAAGAAAUGAAAGAACAGGGGGAGCAUCCAAUCGGUCAACCAGUUGCAACUUGACAGAAACAAGCAAUCUUUUUUUACAGACAUAGAUUACAGUUUGUUUUCUAUAGUUUAAAGGGGUGUAAAUCCCAGAGUUACUAACCAAUCCUGCUUGUGCUUUCUUGUUUCUUUGAUGAUUUCUGAAAUGAAGUGUGAAUGCAUGUGCAGUAUGUUUAAUUAGUCCAUUUCAAAGAGUUGAACUUUGAUGACAAUUGUGUAAAUCAACUUUGUAAUUUUAUUAAAAGCUCCAUUUUAAAUAAUGUGAUGAAUCAGACAAUGUUUAAAUAUAAAGUGGUUUGAUGAUCCUACACAGUCCUACUGGUACAUGCUGGUGCAUUAUAGCUAUACACAUGCUGUUGGAACUCAAGAAAUACUGUAGAACAGUACAUUAAAUACAAUGUUUAAGAAGGUAUGCUAUCUUAUUGUUUGUUUCAUGGGUUACAGUAAAUACCACAACAAUAAUACAUUUAGGAAGAAUUAUUAAAACAAUAAAAAUAUAACUAUUAUAC